GCGAUGAUGGAAAAGCGAACUGCGACAUACAAGAGAAAAGUGCGGCGAGAUAGGAAUCGAAAUCAAUGAUCAAAUUAUGAGGUUUAUUUGAAUUGGGCUUUUGUAAAUUGGGUCUAAGACCCAUAUGUGGGCUCUUUAAUCAUAACAAAUAAGUUUUUUUUUUAAUUAAAAACUUAUUCAAGUCAAGGAAUUGGUCUAAAUGUUUCCUUUUGUUAUUAUUUUAAUUAUCUUUUUAUUAGGAAAAAAAUCCCUUCCUAUUUUAGUUUUUAUUCAAGACUAUCUACCAUAUUUUUCUAGAUUUCUAUACUAAACAUAUUUAUAGCUAUUAGAUAUCAAAAUAUCUUCUUAUUUUUUAAUUAGUUAUUAUCUAUAUAUUUUCUUGUUAAAUUCAUCGAUUUACAUUUCUUUCAUAUUUGUUUUUUCAGCAUUUUCAAAGUUAGAAGCUGUGUUUAAAUAAUUUUAUUAACAUACAUAUAAAUUAAGAACUAAUAUAUGUAAUUUUAAAAUUAUAUUUUCAUUUGUUUUGAAUGUUAAUUAUUAUUAUAGUUUUUUUGCAUUUUAUCCAAUCAUAGCUAAAUGUCUACAGGUGUCUUCUAUUUUUCUAUCUUAAAGUUUAUAUAAAUUUGUGGAUUUAAAUAUAAUAUUUUUGUUUGUAUUGUUUUUAUUGAUUUUAAAUAGUAAUAAAAAAUUACACAUAAUUAUUUUUAAAUUGACUUAUUUUGAUUCGAAAGCAGAAUAAAAUCUAAAAUAUAUAUUUUAAUCGUUAAAAUUUUUUGACGUAUUUUUAAUUAAGUUUCUGACAUUCUUGUUGUCCAAUAAGUUUUUAUUUUGCUAGAUACAAAUGUGUAAGUAUCAUAAAAAAAAUUUAAAAAAAAAAUAAAACUUAAAAUAAGGAAAAGUAUUAACCCCGCGUGUGGUCACCGUCAAUUAACAUGGGGUAAAAUUGGCGGCCCUCUGGGAUGCCUUCGGCGGCGAUGUCAUUAAGCACUAGUCAGAUUCCGUAAGGUGUUUGGAUAUCCGGAUCAUAAAAAAAAACUCUUUUCAUUUUCAUAACCACUUCAUUAUUUUGAUUACUGUACUACACUAACUUCGACAUAUUUUAAAUUGAUAAAAGCAAAAUUAUAGAUUUGAAUAAUAAAAUUAUUUUUAUUGUUUUUUUCUACUCACUUUUUACUUUAUUUUAACUUUUAUUUUCAUGAACUUCUAAAUCUGAUAUAAAAAUAUUAUUCGAUUUUCUUACUGUUUAUAAUUGAUAAUAUCUAAUAAUUUUUAUUUCUGCUAUAUGUAUGCAUAUUUUAUAUAUAAUAUAUUCUUACAAAAAUAUAGAUAUAGAUAUGUUCUAAAUAUUUCUAAAUCAUAUUUCUCCUAAAUUAUGAAAAAUAAUUUUAACUGCAUCCACUUGCCAGUCAUAAUUCAUAACCAGAUACUUGUUAAUACAAGUAUUGGUCCUUAUCAUGAAAGUUUGGCUAUGAAAAUGUAACUAUACUCCAAAACUGAAUGACUUCCUCCAAACAAAAUUUGCAUUCAGAUAUAAUAUCCCUGAAAUGGUAUGAUAUUCAUAUGUAGAUAAAUAUGUUUAGAUUUAGAUAAUAUACAUCCAUUUAAAAUAAUUCAAACAUUGAUAUGUAUAUAUAAACAAUACUCCAUUGUUAUCAAAUUAUAAUAUACACAAGAAAAAAGAAAAAAACAAAGAGUUAAUCAUGACAAGACAAAAGGUGAAGAUGGCUUUCAUAGAAAAUGAGUCCUCAAGGAAAGCAACAUACAAGAAAAGAAAGAGAGGUAUCUUGAAGAAAGCCAACGAGUUAGCAACUCUCUGUGGCGUCCCAGUUGGUGUAAUCAUCGACAGUCCAUACGACUUGACCCCGGAGGUGUGGCCAUCGAGAGAAGAUAUGGACAAUGUUCUGUCCCAGUUGCAGAGGUUGCCGGUGAUGGACAGGACCAAGAAGAUGCUGAACCAAGAGUCUUAUCUUAAACAGAGUAUCUCCAAAGCAUCUGAGACAUGUAAGAAGCUGACCAAAGAGAACAAAGAGUUGGAGAUGAAAGAGGUAAUGUUUGAUUGUCUUAGUGGCAAGACUUCACCAUCUCGUAUUGAGAAAAAUGAUCUUGGUGGUUGUGGUAAUGUCAUUGAGCAGUACCUAAGAAAUCUUAAUCGUAGGAUUGAGAUUCUUAGUAAGAACGACGGAGCGUCUUCUUCAUCUGUUCAUGUUGUUGCUUCAACAUCUGUUGCCAUGCCUAUAGUUGAGUUGGGUUCUUCUUCAACCGCAUUUUGCGAUAUGAUUCGUCAACAGCAGAUUCAAAGUAAUAUGAAUCAGAACGUUGGGGGCUUGGAUCUGAAUCAGCAACAAUGGUGAGCAUUGGUGAACAUCCUUAGAGGUCUCUCUGACCAUGUUUCUGUUUCGUCAAGCUAUUAAUAAAAAUAUAUUUAAGUAUUUUUUUUGUUUUAUACAUGUAUUCAAUAUUCAUUGCUUUUAAAUGUAAUGCAUUUUAUCUUUAAUGACAUUUCAUUUUCUCAA